UAUCUAAAUUUAUCUUACUAGUCGACAAACUAAAAAAAAUUAUGAAAUGACAUCUAUUAUUAAUAAAGUGCUUAAGCCUGACUAUAGUGGAUCAACGUUUUCAUUUGACCAUUUUCUAAAGACAGAGCUUCGAUUUAAUCUUGAUUCAAACCGACCAGUAUGUCGCUUUUAUAUACAAGGACAUUGUCCUCUUGGAAAUACAUGUCCUGAUAAGCACUUUUUUGUGAAGGAUGGGAAUAGUGGACGAGCAAAUAGUAUUGUUUGCAAGCACUGGCUUCGUGGACUUUGUAAAAAAGGAGAUCAAUGUGAAUUUCUGCAUGAAUAUAAUCUUAAAAAGAUGCCAGAAUGUCGUUUUUUUGCAAAACAUGGAUUUUGUAGCAAUGGAGAGGAAUGUUUAUAUCUCCAUAUAGACCCAGAUUCGAAAGUGGGUUCAUGUGUUUGGUAUACAAUGGGAUUUUGUCAAUUAGGUCCAAAUUGUCAACAAAAACAUGUUAGAAGGACUCUUUGUAAAUUGUAUUUGACAGGAUUUUGUCCAAAAGGACCAGAGUGUUCGAAUGCUCAUCCCAAACAUGUAUUUCCUUCUCAUCCUUCUAAACAAAAGGGAGCAUCUGAUUCUGCAGUUAAAGAAGACGUAGAAGAGCGACCUCAUCAAAAUGAAAAUGUAAAAGAACGCAGCGAAAGAACAUAUCGGGAUAUAUCUCAAGUCGAAUGUUUUAAGUGUGGGCAAAUGGGUCACUAUGCAAAUCAUUGUUACCAAUCUAAAUCACAUAAUAUGGUUGUUUAAUGUAUCUUUAUAAUUUUUACAUUCAUGAUAUCUGGUUUCAAGA